GCUAGUGAUCGAUCGAUCGAUCGGUCAAGUGAGCGGGCGAUCGCGAGAGAGAGAGAGAGAGAGAGAGAGAGAGAGAGAGAGAGAGAGAGAGAGGUGAUGCUGAUGCCUAGCCGUAAGAGGCCGGCGGGUGUACGGCCCAGUACCCCAACAGCGGAAACGGACGGCGCCCGAGUACCUCAUAGAGGGGGAGGGAUGUCAAUGAUGAACGGGAAGAAGGCUCGAUGCGACGGGGGUGGAGGGGGUGGAGGUGAGGGGGGGGGUGGCAUUUUGACCGCUGUUGGCCUUCCCCGCCGCUCUGAGCUGGUUAGUAUUGACGAUCGGAUGGACACGCUUCGCCGCGGCGGUGAUUUUGAAUCUGCCGCCGUCGAGACGUUAGCACGCGACCGGAAGAGGGUGAGGAUCGUCUCGUCGUUGGCGGUACCUUCUGGUCAACGGAUCGAAGAAGAAGGAGAAGACGAAGAAAGAGAGGAAGGGGAGGAAGAGGAGGAAGAGGAGGAAGAGGAACCAGAAGAGAGAGGAGGCAUCGGGGUGCUGCUUCGUGAUCUUGGCCGCGAGAAUUGCUGCCUCUGUAAAAUUUAUCAUACUUGUCAUCACGCAGACGUUUUUUUUGAGUGUUGUGCUGCAAAGGAGCGGUCCGUGGUGAUGGCGGCAAAGAAUCGGAGGAAAGAGGAGGGAGCGAAAGACGAAGAGGGUACGGGCGUAGUCGAUGGGAGCGGUGGGAGGAGGAGGAGGAGGAAGUGUGCAACGACGGGUAUGAUGGCGUUGACAUCGUCGGUGGGAUGUAAUGCCGCCUCUGAUCCUCGCGGUGGUGCUCAUCCUCAUUUUGCCCCGCCUGCUGCGGGGAGGGAGGAGGGGGGGGUGAAGGGAUUGCGCGCGUACGUGGGGACGCUGGAGAUGAAAGUGGAGACCCUAGAGAGAGAACUAAGGGACUUCAAAGAGCUUUUCGUUCUUCAAACGGAUCAGUUCAAACGAGUUGCAGAGGCGGCGGUGAGGAUCGGAAGACGAGGGUGUUAUAGAGGAGGAGGAGAAGAAGGGGGAGGAGGAGGAGAAAGAGGGGGAGGGGGAGGAGAAAGCGGGGGAGGGGGAACUGGAGUGGCAGGGGUUAUAAAGCAACGAGGAAGAAGCGGAGGAAUAGGACGGCAUUGCGAAGAGGAGGAGGAGGAAGAGGAAGAGGAGGAAGAGGAGGAAGAGGAGGAAGAGGAGGAAAACCAAGACGGAGACGCUGUCGACCGAUGUCUGACGAAUGGAAGAGUCAGAACUCCGGAUGUGUUGAUAGGUGAUGAUGAUUGCAGCAGUGACGAUCAUGAUGAUGGGAUCUUGGGGUGUAUGGAGAAUGGGGAGAGGGAGGAGAAAGGGUGUAUGGAGAAUGGGGAGAGGGAGGAAAAAGGGUGUAUGGAGAAUGGGGAGAGGGAGGAGAAAGAUGAUGACACUGAGGAUGAUAUCGCAGAGGAAAGCGAUUAUGACGACGAUGGAGAAGACGGUAAAGAGAAUGGUGGCGGCGCUGCCGAGGUGGCAGUCGGGAGGACCGUGGUCGGGAUCGACAAUGCAAUGACCGAGCGACACGUGGCACAUGGUCAGCUUUGCCUCGGCGGGAUCUUGACCAUGAGUCCAAUCAACGUUGGUCAAACCAAAGAGCAAUCUGCCGCCGCAGCAAUCUUGGGCGUGGCUGCACCCAUCAAGCCGGUGGCUGGUUGCAUCGUGCGGCAGUUACGCAAUCGAACGAUUUACGCGCCGCCACCUGGCAGCCUGCCAGGUGGUCUGACGUCGUCGACGGCUGCCGACGAUCCCGAUCGCGGUCGAACCUCCGAUAAACAUCAUCGCCGGUCGAAUGUGCUCGUUCCUCCUUCAUCCUCCUCUGCCCGAAAUCAUCAUCAUCAUAAUCGGCAUCAUCGUCAUCACCAUGACCACAGCAGCGGAACGACCGGCGCGGGGUUGGCACCGGGGAGGAGUGCGGGUGGUCCCGCCGCUGCUGAUGCUGCGGCUUGCGCCGGCGUCGCUGCGAUUGCGAAGGCUAGGAUGACGACAACAACAACAAAUGGGAGGGAGGUGACGCCGGGGGAGAUCGCUGUGGAGGAUAGAGGCUGUGGCGGAGCCGUAGAUCUCGCUUGUCAGGAGGAUUCAACGUUCGAUCGCGCGCCGAUGGUAGCGCGACGGCCGUGCCCCUCCCCCUCCGCCUCCGACUCCGACUCCGACUCCGCCUACGACUCCGCUUCCGACUCCGCCUCUGCCGACGCCCACGCCGCCCACGCCGCUUCUGCUGCUGCUGAUGAUGACCGGGCAGGGGGUGCUCAUCAUAACAAUCUUGCUAGUGCUAAUCAUACCCGUUCCACGUGGCAUUACGCCGAUGAGGCCUGCAGCCCUUUCACACUGGGAAAGGAACCCGUUUGCGUGGCGAAGUUUGUCAGAGAAGGCGAAGCUGUUCUCGCCGCCGGGUAUGAUGGUUCUUGCCACUACUUCGACGUCGCAUCUGGAGGGGAGAAGAUGUGCCUGCGUGUUCCAGAAGGAGCUGCUGCUGACGUGGCAGCAGACUGCUGGCUGGUGCGCGCUCCGGGUCGGGACGGGCAGAUGGCUGAGCUAGCGGUGGUGGUGUCUGAUUGGCGCCCGUCGUUCUGCUCCUGGGAUAUUGGGACCGGCGAAGCUGCAGGCUUUUACAACAGCGGCGGAGGCGGGGCACUAGCACGAGUAGGAGGAGGAGGAGGGGGAGGUGGUUUGCUGUCCUCGGGCACGGGGAGGCUCUGCUGGGCGCGGCCCGACGAGUGCCUGCUGGGCGUCGCUCGCGCGGGUGGGCGACGUGUCUGCUUCUUUGAUGUCCGGGACGGCGACCUGGCGUUGGACUUCGACGUGGAGAAGAGAAUCGCGUCCCUCCCUCGGUGCUCUCCCAUUCAGUGCUUGUACAAUGGACACGUGAUGAUCGCGGAGCAGGACGGCAUCGCUGUGUGGGAUGUGGCCACCACGAAGGUCCGUAAAGUCGGUCAGGUUCAUUGCGUCGACGAGGGCGAGCGGGUGACCGCCGUGCUCUCCUCCGACGAGAUGUUCGGGGGCUGCGGCGCAAGGUACCCUCGCUGGCAUUAUCAGCACCAGGGGGUGGGUUCGUUACUGUUCAGCGCUAGGCACGACGGGGCGUUCUGUACCGACUCGGGCUCUAUCUACGUGAUGGACUGGAGGGUGCACGGCGGCUUGGCGCAGCACAUGGUCAGCUCAGAGCCGGGUCCUGUCGACUGUCUGUUCGGCUUUGGGGACUCGAUAUUGGCCGGCUACUCGGGGGUGAGGAGGAGUGGAGGGGGGAGGUACUUGCCGCCGGUGGUGAAGGAGUGGGAUCUGGGAGAGAGGAGGGAAGUGUCGUCCUUCACCCUCGGCAGCACAGGAGGAUGCGAUGGAGAGGGAGAGAGUGCGGCCACAGGAAGAUCCAUCCAUCAGCUCUGGGGGGACGAAAGCCGGGUAAUGGCAUUGACAGAGGAAGGACUGUUCGUGUUUGGUAGUGGGAGGACCUACCUCUCGCCUACUUCUCGCAGUGCGAUGAUUAGCAGUGACGGAGUAGAGGGGAAAGACGACUAUUUCGAAGAGGAUGAUGCCGCGAUGAUGGACAUGUUUGAGGGGCCGUUGAUUGCCGUGAUUAGCGGUAGGGAAGCCUGCACGUCGGGCGCUGCUGCAGACUUUAACAAGUCAGCGUCGACACCAAGAACGGGGAACUCGGCGCGGAGAGAAGCAGCGACGUUGGGGGAGAAGAGCUCGUUGCUGAGGUCGUCUUCGUCGUCGUCGUCGUCGUCGAUAGGUCGUGGAGUUGAGCAGCAGCAGCAGCAGCAGCAGCAGCAGCAGGUGAACUCCACGUCAAGACAUCGUUCUUGCUUUGAUGCGUCGUCGGGGCGCUUGCUUCUGGCGACGGGAUACCGGCCAGCAUGCCUGUACAGCUGCCCGUGAGACACGCGUGGGUGGCCAGGGGAAGGAUGUGAGCAUUUGAUCUGUUGUCGCAGAGACGCUAGGACGAAAGAAAAUCCAUGAAACAUCCAUCAGUAUUCGUCAUCAUCAUCAUCGUCGUCGUCGUCUUCGUCGUUAUCAUUAGCAUCAGCAUC